ACUUCAUUGCCGAUUUCUGGUUGGCUCAGCAAAGGAGCCGACAGUCCGGUUCCCUUUGUUUGGAAAAGUUCCAACCUCCCAAAAGGCGAGAGAUCGUUCGAUAGACUCCCCGUUCUGGUACGUGGCUUUCGAUGCCAAGAUCUGGGGAUUGGCAUCUGACACUUGGCCACCCUGGGGCAGGGCCUCGCUACUACAUCCGGGCACCGAACCAACAUUCGACCGCUUCUCACUAGAUGGUGCUUCUCCAUUCUUCCAGUGAUUACUCCAUAAUCACAGCCACACACAAAGAGACCGGGCGCAGGAAGUCACCUGCGCGGGGCGAAGCCGUCUUACACUGCCUAAUAGUCGUCGGUUCCGGGUCGGCCCAAAGCGGGUCGUAUGUAGAACAGGCAAGCAACCUUGGGAGAGCGCCGUGCCAAGGGCCGAAUGGCUGGAGGAGCAAGGCCGUGAGGCAGAACAACAAAGAUGCGAGUGUUGUCCCUGCAGUCAUCCGAGAAAGGCUUGGGAGAAUCUAGCCAUUAUAUAUAAUACGGCUUCGCAUCCCACACAGGUUGAGGCAUCAUGAACAAUAUUGGCUCAUAAGAUAUUAUACCAAUAAAUAUUAUCAAAGCACUCGAGUUGCCCUGACAAGUCGACCAAUACACUAUAUCAACUAGCAUCACCAAGCCACAGACCGUUUGGACUUAACCACGACCAGUCCGACUAAUACCUGUUACAUGCUUCUAGAGCUUUUCUAGAACACACACACACACAUAUAUAUACCCAACACUGCUACGGGACUCAUAUCUUCAGAGUUUGUUUUACGAGAGUGCACAAAACUCAACGGAAUCCGUUUCGCUCCUAUCAAGAGAUCUUCAUAUCACACUCCAGCAGUAACACACCACCCACAUCGCAACAAUGGCACCACUUCCCGCGUACAGGGUCGCUGCACCCGACGAGUACCUUGCCUUGACCGGCAUGGGUAUCGAGUCGGUCAAGAUCUCGAAGUCAGCAUGGAUCUACCCAUUUCAGAGAUGCACGAGGUUCAGUGUGCAACCUCACGAUUAUGCAAUGAACUUGCAGGCCAUGACCAAGGAGAAGCUGCAGUUCCUUCUCCCGGUCGUUUUCACUGUCGGUCCAGAUGUCAACUCCCGCGGUGCAAAUGCCAAAACUAGGGUUGAGAACAACCGUGCCCACAGCCAGGAGGACCGGGGCGACAGCCUCAUGAAGUACGCCAUGCUGCUCACAGACACAAACGCAAAGGGCAAGAACACGACGGCCUUCCUGGAGAACAUCGUCAAGGGCAUUAUUGAGGGCGAGGUCCGAGUCCUGGUGUCGUCCAUGACGAUGGAGGAGAUCUUCACGGAGCGCGAGGAGUUCAAGCGCCGCAUCUUCCGCAACAUCCAGAGCGAGCUGGACCAGUUCGGCCUCAAGAUCUACAACGCCAACGUCAAGGAGCUGCGCGAUGCGCCCAACUCGAACUACUUCGAGUCGCUCUCCCGCAAGGCGCACGAGGGCGCCAUCAACCAGGCGCGUAUCGACGUCGCCGAGGCCCAGCAGAAGGGUUCCGUCGGCGAGGCGGACCGCAAGGGUCGGCAGGAGCGGGAGCUGGCCAAGAUCAGCGCCGAGACGGCCGUGCAGAAGACGGAGCGGGAUGGAGAGCGUGCGCAGGCAGAGGUCAGCCUCGACACGCGCAAGACGACGCUCAAGCGCGACCUGGACAUUGCCAAGAUCACGGCACAGCGCGCCACCGAGUCCCGCGACGCGGAGCUCAAGCGCGAGGUUGAGAUCAAGAGGGCCGCGGCCGAGAUGGAGCGUCUUCGUGCCAUCGACGUCGUCAAGGCCUCCAUCGAGCGUGAGGCCAAGCAGCAGGCCGCGGAUGCUCGCGCCUACGAGGUCCAGGUCGACGCCUCGGCGCAGCUGACCAAGACGAACCAGACCACCGACGCCGAUGCGUACAAGACGCGCACCGGAGCCGACGCUGCGAACUAUGCCAAGCUCAAGGAGGCCGAGGCCAAGCUGCAGGUGCAGAUGAAGGAGGCAGAGGGUCUGGCGGCCAUGGCGUCGGCCUAUGGCCAGAUGGCUCAGGCCUUCGGAGGCCCGGCCGGUCUCCUGCAGUACAUGAUGAUCGAGAAGGGAACAUACGUGGAGCUGGCCCACGCCAACGCCAACGCCGUCCGCGGCAUGCAGCCCAAGAUCAGCGUCUGGAACACUGGGUCCCAGGCCGGUGGCGAGGCUGGCUCGUCGAGCAGCGUUGAUACCAUGCGCAAUGUCUACCAGAUGCUGCCGCCUCUGAUGCAGACCAUCAACGAGCAGACCGGCAUCACUCUUCCCGAGUGGCAAUUCGGCCGUCUGAACAACCAAGCCGCGGAGGUCGAGAAGAACAAGGAGAUCGCUAAGACUAACGGUCAAAAGUAAACGCUCACUCUUCUCACCUCGAGGCUGUCAUGCCCUAGGUUACAUUUACCCAGUCGAAUUCCUCACUUUUCCUAUGUUUCUCUGUUUCGAUAUCAUGUCUGUAUUUGCGAUACCCGGGGAUAACUCAGUGAUACCAGGUUGACGAGUUCGUUUCUGAUACCUUAGACGUAAGUUUCGGCUUAAUGAUGGAUUGAGAAGAAGUUCCUACAGUAUUCUCACAGCUGGGUGAAAUUCCCAGCACACAAUCUCUUGGUGGCAAGGAUUUCGUACCAUGUCUUCUCUAUUGAUAAUAUGAUAGUGUACUAUUAUGUGACGAUAGUUCCAAUAGAAUCUACUCUGCUAGAA